ACUUAGACUCUUUAACUGUCAGCUGUUGAACCAAACACGAGCCCAUGUAAACAAAUAGAAAAUAACAAAGAAAGUAAAUAUGAAUUUAAAUGUUACAGACCAAUCAAUUAAAGUUCAUCCGAAAACUACGUACUUGAGUCCCAACGAGCUAACCCAACUACGAAAUAUUGAAACAGAUGCUGUUAGUGCCGGUCUCAAAAGAACUCUGCCACAAAAUACCGAAGAGGAGAAAAGUGAAUUGGAAAAUCUGUAUGAUCAACUACAAAAACAAUUGUCCAAGCCCCGCAUAGAGCGUUUAGCAGGCAGAGCUGUUGGUCAAUGGGAUCCCUCGUUCAAAGCAGUUCGCGUGGUACGCAAGGAUGGUAAAUUUGGAACAUUUGGCUACAGUGCAAACGGAGAACAUUAUUUGGAAUACUAUGAGGCAAUGUUUUUGUUGGAAGUGAACCGCCUACAACUUGAGUACAACAGUCGAAUUCUCUCAAUUGAACAAUCAUAUCUGCUGCUAAUGGGCGAAGAGAAAUCCGGGAAAUUUCAGGAAUAUCUUGUAUAUUCUCAUUUCACACGUGUUGGCUACAUUCUGGUGAAACAUCAAAACAUCAACUUUCCCAAAUACCAAGUGGAAACGCCCGAAGAUUGUGUGUGGGCCAUAUUCGAAGCUGAGUUGCAGCAUGAAAGUGUACCAGACUAUGUGAAAAAAUCUUUGUAUUAUUCAAAAAUCAAACAACAAUUUGAUCAAAUACGUAAUGACAUAAAACAGCAACAUAAUAAACAAGACCAUCCAACAGCAGAUAGCAAUGGGGGGCAGGAUGUGCUAAUGGAUUUUGCCAAUAAAAAGGCCAUAAAUUUGAAGCGAAAAGCCCAAGAUGAUCAAAGGGAAUACUACGAUAAUUGGAACCGAGCUAAGAGAGGACGCUAUAGCAACACAAAGAUAUUCAAAGGAAGUUUGGUCGAUUUUCUUAAGGAUGAAGUGGAGUACAAGCGUUUCAAGGAGCAAUUUGAAAAAUUUGAUAUUGUGCCUUUAACGUCCUACGCAGAUGAGGAAGAUGCUGAAGAAGAACUUGCAGAAGAGCAUGGUUUAAAUAUCAGUUUCGAUGUCUAUUUGCACAAUGAAGGCUUUCGCAAAAGUUCUCCCCAUCUGCCAAAUUUUCGAAUCGUCAUAUUGCAGGCCGAGCAAAAGUUUCCCAAUCACAGAGAAAUGUAUUGUACAUAUCGUAAGCAAUUGAAUGCAGUGCCAUUGCUGCUGGUCACAGUCAAUGAGUCUAAACAAAUUCAGGCAUUUUUAUACUACUUUAGCUGAGGCCCGCCUAACAAAAGCUGGGCAAACUGGUAUAUCAUAGCAUCAACACUUUCCCCACUCAACACUGAUGAUACAAUGGCAGCCACGACUUUUACUCUACCUCCGGAUUGUUUAUUUCCUUUCCAUGGUUUAUUAUUAGAAUAAUAUUUUAUCACUUCAUUUAUUUUUGUUCAUAAUUUUUGACAUAUAGCAAUUAGUAUUUGUGUGUUCUCAACUAGCUAUAAAAGUGUUUGUGCUUUCACCUA